GUUGGCCCCUACUGAAUGACAGCGCUUCCUGAUCUUUUUAAGCAGGUUUUGUGAAGCUCUAAUUUAAGCUGUGUAUGAUGACUACAUCUUCAAGGAUGUGGUGUUUCCUGCUCUUCACUGUCAUCCUGCCCAUCGUUCCCACACUGACAGAGGUGGUGUCUUCAGUGUCGGACUGUAAUGAGUUCCUUCUUGAUGCAAAGCCACCAGAGAUCCCAGACAUCUUGAACGGCAACAACAUCCUGGACCAGAACAGAUACAAACCCAUCUGCCAGACCUACAGAAACAGCAAAAAAUUUCUUACCCUCUAUGACAUUGAGAACAGGAUUCCAGUGUUUUCUGCCUAUAAGUACACAGGAGAGACUACACAGAAAAGACCCGAAACACCUUGGAUGAUAGAGCCACAGCUAGAAGACAGAGACACCAACAACAUGAGGGAUGAGAAAUACCUAAAUCAGGCCUGUGACUAUGAUUAUAAAGAUAACAAAGAUUAUAACAGAGGCCAUCUAUUUCCAGCUUGUCAUGCAAAAGACCCCAAUGAUAAAAUCUCAACAUUCACCUUUACAAACAUUGUGCCACAAGCCAUUACUUUCAACAGCGGCAGCUGGGAGAGAAUGGAGACAUGCAUCAAAUGUGUGCUAAAAAACUACUGCUUCAACAAUAAUAAUGUCCUUGAAGGAUUUGUAGUGACUGGAUCAGUGCCUAGCGGGGACAAUAAACUCAAAAACAGGGUCAACAUACCAUCCAUACUUUGGUCAGCAUUCUGCUGUUAUAAUCGCAAUAACAAAAAGUGGUUAGCGAGUGCCCACUGGGGCGACAACACUGCAGAAUCUGAGCCUAUAUUUAUGAAGACAAAAACUUUGAAUGAACUUUAUCAAGAACUGGGAAUCAAGGUGUUUCCUGAAACUUCAUGUCCUCUCAGUGAAACUGUUGCUGACUAUUACAAAGCUCUUCCUAAAACAUGCCAAUGCCUACUCCCACCUUUACAUACAUCUGCCUCUCCCACUACAUCAGCUACUGCUUUCCCCACUAUCUCUACAACUGCAACCACCAAGAUAACAACAAACACUAUUCCCAGAAUUACUGCACCCCAAACAUACUGUAGCAUCCGUCCUUACAUCCAGUUUCUUGGCCAUUUAACCAAAUCAGGGUUGCGGGGGUGCUUUGACUUAUGUGGAAACAGGUUUGAGGCACUGUCCUCAGUGAGGACAAUGUCUCGUGAGACAAUGCAGUGCUAUCGCCUAUGUCGCCGGUUUUUCUCUGGCGUUUUCACAGGAAUCCAUCAUGACUAUUAAACCCAAAACUAACACAUGAUUCUAAGCCGAUAUGAACAAACUUAAUUUGUACUUCUUAUGCCCAAAUUAAUAGAAUAGAAUAGAAUAAUCCAGUAAUUGUCCCACAAGGGGAAAUUUGGUUGUAACAGCAGCAAGAAAAACACAUAUAUAAAUAAACAGGACACAGGCCACAGAACAGAAACAUACACGACUUUUUACAUAUUUACAUCAAGGACAAUGGUUACCAAAAAUAGAGUACUGUACAGUUUUUACACUUAAUUACAGAUAAGUGGCAAAUGCUGCCACAAAUAGAAGUCCCUCACCUACUGCUGCUCACACUGCCUCUACAACUAUGGAAACAACUUCUAAUAUUACAAAACCUAAUCUUAGCAACAGCUACUCCAAGAAAGCUAAUCUCAACAACUACAGCAAAAAGACAAUAACAACCUAAAUACUAUAGUUACUCCCAGCACUACUGCUAUGUGUGAUGAGGUUGAUUCUGUUCAUCUGGACCUAAUGUUUUCAUUGGGAGAAACGUUUCGUCACUCAUCCAAGUGGUUUCUUCAGUCUCAGCUGACUGCAGGUUUCCUCAAUCUUGUAAACAGUACAUUUGCAUAAUGACGGAAACUAGCACCACUCAAGGAACAAUGGGCUGAGCCCAAGAUUGGGGAGUGAUGAAAUGUGGCAUCCUUUAAUUCCUAACUCAUUACCCAAUCCAUAUCAGUUUAGAUAUCCAGAAUGUUUUUUUCCUAUUGUGAUCUGAUGUGUUUUCAAAGUGUUGUUUUACAUUUUUGAGCAGAAUAUGAUCACUUGUAUAACUUGAUCACUUGUAACUACUAAUUCACAAUGUGGACAUUCUUUAGUGAUAAAAAGACCAGCAGGUUCAUGUUUAUCUAGGAACCUGCUGAAAUCAGCAGACAUAUCUAUCCAUCAUAUUGUUCAAUAUAGUUUAUAUAGUUAAUACCUUGGCAACAAUAUACAAAGCCUGCAUUCUAUAUGUAACCAUAAAUAAAACUUAUUGAACCAUCA